GGAAUGGGGAGAGGCAACGGGAGGUUUGGUCACAUCGGCACGUGGUUGCUGAUUCCUGCACUUUGAUUGAUGCGAACGGCUGCUGCGGCUUUCCUGUGAUACCGUUGAUCCCAACUCCCUUCUCUUCUCUCUCUCUCUCUCUCUCUGUACUCAACCCCAGCUGUUGCUAGCUGUCUCCCUCAUCCCUUGUCAUGUGACCCUCUCCCUCCUCCUCCUCCUUCCACCGCCAGCUUAAGCUGCCAGGCCACCACCUUCACCACCAUGCUAAAGACAAGAGAGAUGUCUGUGAGAGAGAGAGGGAGGGAGGGAGAGUCACAGAGGACAAUUGCAAGGGAAGUGUCUCCUUCCAUGAAUUUGGAUGCAGGGCAUGAUGCUGCAGCUGCCCAUCUGCCAUGUCAUAAGAUAGCAAGCAUUGGCUGUGCAAUCUGAUCAGCUUAAUUCUAGCUUCUCUCUCUCUCUCUCUCUCUCUGCGUUUGCAUACACAUGCAGGGAUCAGAGGGAACAACGGCGCAGCUCCCUCCCAAAGUCCCUAACACCAUGUCCAACAACUGGCCUUACUUCGCCCACCACCCCGCACCUGCUGCCGCAUUGGCCCCCCAUCAUUUCUUCCCGGCCCACCCUCCGGCCUGGGCCGACGAGUUCCUGGACUUCUCUGCCACCCGACGGAACCACCACCGCCGCUCCGCCAGCGAUUCCGUUGCCUUCCUGGAGGCCCCGCUCGUGGAGGAGAGCGGAGGCUUCGACCGCCUCGAUGACGAACAGCUCAUGUCCAUGUUCUCCGACGAGAUGCCGGCGCCGCCAUCGUCGUCGUCGGAUCAAGACAGCAUGAACGAGGACAAACCGGCUGCUGCGGGUCAGAUGGAGGCGCAAAGCAUGUGCAAGACGGAGCCAGAGGCAGCGUCCGGGCCGACGGCGGCGCGAGCAGGCGCUGAGUCCGAGUCGGUUGUCGACCCGAAGAGGGUGAAGAGGAUCCUCGCCAACAGGCAGUCGGCGCAGAGGUCCCGAGUGCGCAAGCUUCAGUACAUCUCGGAGCUCGAGCGCAGCGUGUCUUCGUUGCAGACCGAAGUAUCAGCACUGUCUCCUCGCGUCGCCUUCCUCGAUCACCAGCGCUCCCUUCUCACGAUGGGCAACAGCCAUCUCAAGCAGAAGAUUGCAGCGCUUGCGCAGGACAAGAUCUUCAAGGAUGGUGAGUGCUUCUCAACAGCGGCGCUGAGACUAAAUUAAGCUCAAACACAUCGAGAAGCCCUGAAGAAAGAGAUCGAGAGACUUCGACGAAUCUACGAUCAGCAGAAUCUCGAUAGAUUGGCGGCUUCCGACGCCGAACCUGCCGCGCGCACAGAGAAAGAACUGCUUAGCUGACGGAGAGUACGCAGCAGCAGCAGUAGUCGAGGUGGUGGCUUUCAUUAAAUAUGAAUUCAUGGUUUUUACGUUGUAUUCUUUUUCAUCUUCAUAUUCUCUCUCUCUCUCUCUCUCUCUCCAUUUGAGAGGAAACAGAGCAUGUUUGGGCUGCAGUGGCGCACUUGUGCGUUGCCGAAAGUGAUUGUUCCAAGGCAUCAUUGUGUGUUUAUUAACCGGA